AUGUCUGUCCACUCUGAACAUAAAGGAUGGCUUUGGAAGCAUUUUGUUCCAUAUUUCGCUGAAGUUGCGAAGAAGGCCAUUUCUAGGAAAUUGUUCGUGGACAAAUUGAAGUCUAUACUUAGUUCAAAAUACUAUAUGAACUAUUUCCUUGAAACGAUUCCCUUCAUACCAGGCAAAGACAUCAAGAAUGUGAUGUUUCCUAUGGUACAGAUCAUGGAGUUUGAUGUUCGAAUGUACACUUUACGAUUGGCAAAUCAAGGAUUAUACAUCUUACAAGGCCAUAUUUCCUUCUCAUUCCCAACCAACUAUGGCUCAUUGAAACUUGGUCUUUCGAAUACUAUCAAUGGUUUAUCGUGCAUUGAAUUCUUACUGAUCGAGCUUAGACACGUGCAUGAAUCACAUCAAAUGAACGAUUCCGAUGCUAUGGCAAUAAUACUCAGCGGCAACAGUGCCAAGAAGAAGACACCCAUCAAAGGUUGGAUAACUGAAGUCAUCUGGAACGAGGAGAACGAGGAGUUGGAAGGAGACGCACAAGGUGCUGACGAGGAUGAUGAGGAUGAUUAUGAGGAUCAUCUUUGA